GGAGCUGGAGGAGGGAUGGAGGAGAGAGGGAGGAGGAGGAGGGAGCAUGCGGAGCUGAGACAGGACAGGUGUUGCUGGUUGUUUGCGCAGAGAUCGUUUGGCAGGAUGGGAGCUGCGAGAACACCUACGCAACCUCACCAUAGUUUCCCAUGUAUCCUGCAAUCCUGCUUCUCCUAACGCGGAAUUCAAUUAACGCUGAAAACCGACUGAACGUCGCAAUGGUGCACCACUCGGGCUCCAUCCAGUCCUUCAAGCAGCAGAAAGGCAUGCACACCAGCAUCAGCGAGAUCCUGAAGGAGAAGAGCCUGAAGCCGUCUCGCCGCAGCCUGCCCUGCCUGGCCCAGAGUCAGACGCAUCCAAUCAACCUCAACCACUUCCUGUCUGUGCCUCUGAGCCCGGAGCCCAAACCAGAAGUCGAGGGUCUGAGUCAGAGCAUCAGCACCUCCUGCAGCCUGCUGCCCCCGCAGACAGCAGAAGAUGGAAAUGAUCAGUACGUGGAGGAGUCCGAGGUGACUACGACUGAAACGAGAGCAGACGAGUCCUUCCCUCUCCAAAAGCCUGUCACACGUGCUAAAUUAGAGGCCCGCACAGAUUCAAUUCAGGGAAAGAGUCCAGCUCGUUCCUCUGGGCUGUUUUUCCGAGAUGGGAAAAAGCGUAUUGACUACAUCCUGGUUUACAAGAAGUCCAGUCCACAGGUGGAAAAGAGGUGCACCUUUGAGAAGAAUCUACGAGCUGAGGGUCUAAUGCUGGAGAAGGAGCCCUCGUUGACGAACAAUGACAUCAUGUUUGUGAAAAUCCACGCUCCUUGGGAUUCGCUCUGCAAAUACGCAGAGCAGAUGAACAUCCGAAUGCCUUUCAGGAAAAAAUGUUAUUUUACGGACUGGAAGAGCAAAACCUUGGGCAGCAGGUUUCAUCUGAGAUGUCGGCAGAUCAAAAGCUGGCUUCCCAAAAAUCCCAUGAAGCUGGACAAAGAGGCCUUGCCUGACCUGGAGGAGACCGACUGCUACACAGCCCCCUUCAGCAGAGCACGCAUGCACCACUUCGCUAUCAACAAUAGAGAGACAUUCUUCUCCAAUUCCACCAGAAGCAGAAUAGUCCAUCAUGCGCUGCAGCGCACCAAGUAUGAGGAAGGGAAAUCAAAGAUAGGUAUCACCCGGUUAUUGGGCAACAACACAUAUGAGGCUGCAUUUCCUCCUCAUGAGGGAGGUUACAAGAGCAGACACCCAAUUAAGACGCACGGCGCCCAGAACCACAGGCAUCUCCUGUAUGAGCGCUGGGCCCGCUGGGGAAUCUGGUACAAAUACCAGCCUCUGGACCUCAUCAGGCGGUACUUUGGUGAGAAAAUCGGUCUUUACUUUGCGUGGUUGGGCUGGUACACCGGCAUGUUGAUCCCUGCCGCCCUGGUUGGCGUUUUUGUCUUCCUCUAUGGCCUCUUCACUAUGGACUCCAGCCAAGUCAGUAAAGAGAUUUGUGAAGCCUACACCACCAAAAUGUGUCGUAUGUGCGAGAACUGUAGCACGUGGAACCUGAGCGACAGUUGUGUCUAUGCAAAGGUGACCCAUCUGUUUGAUAACGGCGGCACUGUGUUCUUCGCCAUCUUCAUGGCUAUUUGGGCCACAGUAUUCCUGGAGUUCUGGAAAAGGAGGAGGGCAGAGCUGACUUAUGAUUGGGAUCUCAUCGAUUGGGAGGAGGAAGAGGAGGAGCUGAGGCCUCAGUUUGAAGCCAAGUACUCCAGGAAGGAGAUAGUCAACCCCAUCUCUGGCAAGCCCGAGCCUUUCCAGCCCUUCUCAGACAAACUCAGCCGGCUCAUGGUGUCUGUGUCCGGAAUAUUCUUCAUGAUAUCCCUCGUCCUGACCGCCGUGUUUGCCGUGGUGGUUUUCCGUGUCUUCACAAUGGAGAAGUUUGCUGGAGUCGAGUGGGAUUUUGUGAAGAAGAACUGGCAGUUCGCCACCUCUGGCACCGGCGUCUGCAUCAACUUCGUGAUCAUCAUGUCUCUCAACGUGGUGUAUGAAAAGGUGGCCUAUCUGCUGACAAAUCUAGAGCAUCCACGGACCGACUCUGAGUGGGAGAACAGCUUUUCUCUAAAGAUGUUCCUGUUCCAGUUUGUGAAUUUGAACAGCUCCACGUUUUACAUCGCCUUCUUUCUGGGAAGGUUUGCUGGCAGGCCUGGAAAAUACAAUAAACUCUUUAAUCGAUGGAGACUGGAGGAGUGUCACCCGAGUGGCUGUUUGAUCGAUCUGUGCCUGCAAAUGGGAUUCAUCAUGUUCUUCAAACAAAUCUGGAACAACUUCAUGGAGCUCGGUUAUCCUUUGCUGCAGAACUGGUGGUCUCGUAGGAAGAUGAAGAAAAGAGGCGGCGGAGGGCCGAAUGUGGAGAAUAAAGCCCAGCUUCCACAGUGGGACAAAGACUGGAACCUGCAGCCGAUGAACGCCCAUGGACUGGUGGACGAAUACCUUGAAAUGGUUCUCCAGUUUGGCUUCACCACCAUCUUUGUCGCGGCGUUUCCGCUGGCUCCUCUCCUCGCUCUGCUCAACAACAUCAUUGAGAUUCGUCUUGACGCCUACAAGUUCGUCACUCAGUGGAGGAGACCCAUGCCUGCCCGAGCCACUGACAUAGGUAUCUGGCAUGGGAUUCUCGAGGGUAUCGGCGUGCUGGCAGUCAUCACCAACGCCUUCGUCAUCGCCAUCACCUCAGACUACAUCCCUCGCUUUGUCUACGCCUUCAAAUAUGGCCCGUGUGUGGACAAGGGACGCCACCAUGAGGAUGAGUGUUUGCGAGGCUACAUGAACAGCAGCCUGUCUGUGUCUGAGUACAGGGAGAAGAACAGCAGCCAGCUUAUGUACUGCAGGUACAGAGACUACAGAGCGCCGCCCUGGAGCUCAGUGCCGUACGAAUUCACCCUGCAGUUCUGGCACGUCUUGGCCGCCAGGCUGGCCUUCAUCAUCGUCUUUGAGCACCUGGUGUACGGGAUCAAGUCCUUCAUAGCGUACCUCAUUCCGGACAUGCCGAAGGGUCUCUGCGAUCGUAUGAGGAGGGAAAAGUACCUGAUGCAGGAGAUGAUGUACGAAGCGGAGCUGGAGCACCUGCAGAAGGAGAGGAAGAAGAACGGACGGCGUUAUCACCACGAGUGGCCUUAGCUUUUAUCCCCUGCGUCUCCACUACAGCCCUAAACUCACAGGCACAACCUCUCCCGGCCUGCUUAUUGAUGUGUUUUAGCUUUGAGACUCUAGCUUCACUCGGCUGAUUCUGUACACCAAAGACACCCUCUUCUUCAGUAACCAGAUCUUCCCACGAACCUGUCUGGCUUCAGGCUCUGAACCUGACCUCUCCCUCGCCAUCUGUUCCCGCGUCCAGUGUCGGCGGUGCUCUUGGUUUGUGGCUCUGACCCUCUCCUCCCUGCCCUGCCCCGUCCCGGCCCCUCACCUGGCUUCAUCCAGCAGGUUUGCCCUUGGGUCUGUGUGGCUGUGUCAUGGCUUCACUGGAGAAAACCUGUGCAAUUGUAAUGUUUACUAUGCAGAUCAAGGGCUGCAGAUCACCACUGUUCACUUCCGGCACCCAUCCUGCACUCUCUUUGUGUGGCAGCUAGCACUCCGCUUUGACUCCGCUUAGUACAGCUCGCAGCAUGGCCGCGUUUUUCCCCCUGUGAGCAUCAGCAGCAGAGCCGCCGCUCUGCCUGGUUAUAUGUGACAGAGCUACUGUGGCACUUAGCGUUUCUUGUUGCAAAAGAGAUUCUGGUGAUGUCGCUACCAAAUACAAUGGACACUGUUCUUGCAAAGCGACUGUACAUUGCCCUUGAAGCAUGCUGAUUAAUAUUUGCGGCAAGAAAAAAAUAAACAAAAAAAGCAUUCAUCGUGGAGGAUGUGAACAUCCAGUCAGUUCAUCUGACAAAGAAUUCUCUCUGACAUUAUAUAAAGUGCAUGGUAAUAUUGUUUUGUAUCUUUUUGAUAGACAAAGUCCCCGUCUUGAUGCCUGGUUCACGUGUGUCUGUACUCGGUGUGAGCUGUGUGUUAAUCUCUGUCUGUGAUACUGCUGAGCUUGACUGUCUUGAGUUGAGGAAAUGUGAACUUUUUGAUUGUGCCUACAGUUGUGCGUGUGCACCACAAUUGUAUCAGCAACAUCACGUGUGCCUGUUUGUGCUGCACGUGCUUUUUACAAGUGCAAGAAGAAAUAUUCUCUCUUGUCGUUCUGUUGUAUGAUCUUCUGUAAACUCUCUGAACUCUCCUGUAAGGAUUUGUUUUGGAUGUGAGUCACACCGCAGUACCUACUCGGGUCUCAGCUAAUGGCUCUGAAACACGCUAUACGUUGUAAUGCGACUCCCGUCAUGAACAAUGUAUAGACUCAAGCAUGCCGGAGCCGCAAAUCUGCUCUUCUGUUCUGCGCUCGCAGCCUGUUUUUCAUUUGUUGUUGGAAGCCGUGAAGCGUAAUUGAAACUUGGAUCGCUUGGACAUACCUGUGGCUUGGAUUCUCAGCUUGCAAAGAACAUCCAUCCACUGUUCCUCACUCACACAAACACACCCAACUUGCUUCAGCACACGGUCCGAUGCGGUUUCGGCUGCUUCCUGAUUUUUACUGAUGUGAAACUGAGAAAUUAGGUUUUGUUAAAUGCGGAGUCGUGACCUUUUAUUGUGGUCAGUUCUGAUGUCAUGAAGCAGCAUGUUUAUGGGAACUCAGGAAAACAGGCAGCAUGAGCGACGCAUCCAUCUGUGAGGCUGAGUCAGAAUCAUUUCCUGUUUCAUUCAUGUUGAGAUGGAGAGUUGUGGAGUGAACAGCAUUAAUGAAGGGAUUGUAUUUUGUAAGAAAUGAGAACUUUAAAGAGGACCUAUUGUGUUUAACCCCUUUCCUUUAGUGUGUUAUAUAGUUUUUUUGUGCAUGUAAAAGGUUUGCAAAGUUACAAAGUCCACACCAAAGGGAGUUACUGGCCCCCACAGAAACACUGCUCCUGAACUGCCUGAAUGCCUUGCUUGACGCCCCUCCUUUUCUUCCGUAACGUGGUGAUGUCACCAAGUAACCAACACAGUCUCACGGCAGUUUGUGAAAUAGCCACAAAAUGUUAUCUACUUGAGUCGUGUACAUAGACACAAAUUUCCCUUCUUUUUUUUUGACACUCAGCACGACUUUCAACAACGUAUUUUUCAUGUAUUUUUCAGUAACACGUGACGCACAUGUCAAAUUCCGCUCCAGUCUUUUCAUAAAACUACUUAGUUAGGUUUAGGAAAAGAUCGUGGUUUGGGUUAAAAUAACUCCAGAAGUACCGUAACUUAAGUACGGAAGUUAUGUGACAAAUAAACAGGAGCUCAACAGAGCGUUCCAGACAUAGGGUGAAAAGAGGUGCUGCAGCACAGCUGGUAUGAGAAAAGUAAAGCUUUUAGGUUUUAGUAGAAACCUAAAAUACAAGUAUGAAACUGAAAAUGAGCACAAUAGGUCCUCUUUAACGUUGGUCCAAGAGCUUCAGUACAGGUCAUGUUGAUCAUAUGAUGGUAAAUAAGAUUUAGUGAACAUGAAAGUUACACAAAUCUAACAACUGAAGAUAAAGAAUAUCACUAUCCCGAAUGCAUCGCACAACACUGAAACACUUAUUUAUUAUUUUACAAGAAUUGUACAUCAUUUGAAUUUAUUUAUUGUUGCUGUAUAUACAUCUUAUGAUGUACGUAAUGUUUUUAUACUUUUAAUUUUGUGCUAUCAGUAUGAGUUCACCCGUUUUCACCCUCAGACAAACAAACAAAGUAACGUCCACAUUUCUCAGGUGUCCUCUGAAUGUUUUAUAUUUUCUAAGAUGCAAUCAAAGGUGUCCUGCUUUUUAAGAUAUAUAUUUUUUGCACUGCAGUGCAUUUGCAUGACUCUUAAUGCACACUUACAGUUAAAAGCAUGUUUGAUUUUUCUUUGCAUAGUCACAGUAUUUUAGAGCAGAUCCGAAAUCGCACAGCUCGUAAUGGAGACAUAUGAUGCAGGUCGUUGGUUAAGAAGUAAAUGAUGCUUUCAGGUCGUAGUGUUCAAUCCAUUGAUCAUCAUUUCAUUUACAUGAGAGAGAUAUUUGCUUUUAAAUCUCAUUCCUACACUUAGAAAACUAGUCCAGGUUUUCAGAAUAUCUUCCCUGCUAUGUGAACAAAAUCUAUGCAUGUUAUCCUUGAGUUUGAAGCGAUGCAGAUGUAAAUGUUCUAGUACAUUUGUACUGUAGAGUAUGCAUGACCUAACACCUGCUCUGAGCAGAGCUAACUCCUGUAAAGUUGUUAACAGCGUCUUAAACAUAUCACCGUCCUUUUUCAGUGUUGAUCCUUUUUGGAGGUCUGGACAAACAUUAUGCUUCCUGAUGUGGCAGAGUUUUAAACUAAAAGAGUAUUUUCUAAAUAAAAGCUUGGACUCCAGACAGAUUUAUAUUAGGGCUGCACAAUUAUUUGAAAUUUUAUCGAAAUCACAAUAUGGCCUACUGCCAUUUUCAAAUCGCAGGAUGAGGAGGAAAU